AUGACCAUCGCAUCCGCACUACGGAUGCGAAAACUUUAUCUUUACCUUAUUACUUUAGAGAAACCUUUGGAUUACCAAAUGCAUUACCUCAAAACUAUAAAUGAUUAUAGUUUUUGCGAUUUGUUAGAAAAUAAACUUUUCCUCUCCCAUAUGACCACUGGUUUGAGGAUUAUGUUGUGCAUCUAUAAAGAGAGAUUACUAUGGCAGGACUUUGUGUUAGACAAUGGCUGUUUGGAUGGGGUCAUUUUCAUUGAAGAAGGUGUUGAAGAUAGUAUGAUUGGUAUUGUCGACUUUGAAAGUGGUGCGAAGUUGUUGUUGGUACAGGGUUGA